CGCGCGCGGUGUGGUCCAGGCGGCGCUCCGUAAGGUCGUGCGUCGGUGCCGGAAACAUGGCGGCUGCUGCCGGGCCCGUAACGGAGAAAGUUCCCGGAGGGACCGGCCUGUGCUAGGGCGUGCGGCCUCAGGCCCUCGAGUUCCCCGUUCUGGGUCGUAGGCCCAGCCCGUAGCCCUCCCUUUUACUGUGUUGUCCCCAGAGUCGACGGAGCGCUGGUGGCGGCGGCCGAGUCAGGUUACUAUAAACAAAACUUCCACCAGAGAAAAUGCUGAAAUAAGAGUUACGGAUACAUGAGAUUUGAUUUGCUGGAUGAAAUACAGCUGUUAAUAAUUGUAACGUGAGGAGAGAGCCCAGAUUGCCAGAUUACAUGUGUAAAUCACUGCGUUAUUGCUUUAGUCAUUGUCUCUAUUUAGCAAUGACAAGGCUGGAAGAAGCGAACAGAGAAGUGAACAUGCAUUCUUCAGUGCGCUAUCUUGGCUAUUUAGCAAGAAUCAAUUUACUUGUGGCUAUAUGUUUAGGUCUUUAUGUAAGAUGGGAAAAAACAGCAAAUUCCUUAAUUUUGGUAAUUUUUAUUCUUGGCCUUUUUGUUCUUGGAAUUGCCAGCAUACUCUAUUAUUAUUUUUCAAUGGAAGCAGCAAGUUUAAGUCUCUCCAAUCUCUGGUUUGGAUUCUUGCUUGGCCUCCUAUGCUUUCUUGAUAAUUCAUCCUUUAAAAGUGAUGUGAAAGAAGAAUCAACCAAAUAUUUGCUUCUGACUUCCAUAGUGUUAAGGAUAUUGUGCACUUUGGUGGAGAGAAUUUCUGGUUAUGUCCGUCAUCGCCCCACCUUACUCACCACAGUUGAAUUUCUGGAACUUGUUGGAUUCGCCAUUGCUAGCACAACCAUGCUAGUGGAGAAGUCUCUGAGCGUCAUUUUCCUUGUUGUAGCUUUGGCCAUGCUGAUUGUUGACCUGAGAAUGAAGUCUUUCCUCGCUAUUCCAAACUUAGCUAUUUUUGUGGUCUUACUCUUUUUCUCCUCAUUGGAAACUCCUAAAAAUCCAGUUGCAUUUGCAUGUUUUUUUAUUUGCCUAAUAACUGAUCCUUUCCUUGACAUUUAUUUUAGUGGACUUUCAGUGACUGAGAGGUGGAAACCCUUUUUGUACCGUGGAAGAAUUUGCAGAAGACUUUCAGUCGUUUUCAGUGGAAUGAUUGAACUUACAUUUUUUAUUCUUUCAGCAUUUAAACUUAGAGACACUCAUCUCUGGUAUUUUGUAAUACCAUGCUUUUCCGUUUUUGGGAUUUUCUGGUUGAUUUGCCAUAUUAUUUUUCUUUUAACUCUUUGGGGAUUCCAUACCAAAUUAAAUGACUGCCAUAAAGUAUAUUUUACCCACAGGGUAGAUAACAAUAACCUUGAUAGAAUCAUGGCAUCCAAAGGGAUGCGCCAUUUUUGCCUAAUUUCAGAGCAGUUAGUUUUUUUUAGUCUUCUUGCAACAGUGAUUUUGGGAGCAGUUUCCUGGCAGCCAACAAAUGGAAUCUUCUUGAGCAUGUUUCUGAUUGUUUUGCCAUUGGAAUCCAUGGCUCAUGGGCUUUUCCAUGAAUUGGGUAACUGUUUAGGAGGAACAUCUGUUGGAUAUGCUAUUGUGAUUCCCACCAACUUCUGCAGCCCUGAUGGUCAGCCAACACUUCUUCCACCAGAACAUGUACAGGAGUUAAAUUUGAGAUCUACUGGCAUGCUCAAUGCUAUUCAAAGAUUUUUUGCGUAUCAUAUGAUUGAGACCUAUGGCUGUGACUACUCCACAAGUGGACUAUCUUUUGAUACUCUCCAUUCCAAACUGAAAGCUUUCCUUGAACUUCGGACUAUGGAUGGACCCAGACACGAUACAUAUGUUUUGUAUUACAGUGGGCACACCCAUGGUACAGGAGAGUGGGCUCUUGCAGGUGGAGACAUACUACGCUUUGACACACUUUUGGAAUGGUGGAGAGAAAAAAAUGGGUCCUUUUGUUCCCGACUUAUUAUUGUAUUAGAUAGUGAGAAUUCAACCCCUUGGGUGAAAGAAGUUAGAAAAAUCAAUGACCAGUACAUUGCAGUGCAAGGAGCAGAGAUGACAAAGUCAAUAGAUAUCGAAGAAGCUGACCCCCCACAGCUGGGUGACUUUACAAAAGACUGGGUAGAGUAUAACUGCAACUCCAGUAGUAACGUCUGCUGGACUGAGAAGGGACGCACAGUGAAAGCAGUGUAUGGUGUGUCAAAGCAGUGGAGCGACUACACGCUGCACUUGCCGACAGGAAGCGACGUGGCCAAGCACUGGAUGUUGCAUUUUCCUCGUAUUACAUGCCCACUAGUGCAUUUGGCAAAUUGGUUAUGUGGUCUGAACCUUUUUUGGAUCUGCAAAAGUUGUUUUAGGUGCUUGAAAAGGUUAAAAAUGAGUUGGUUUCUACCAACUGUGCUGGACACAGGACAAGGCUUCAAACUUGUCAAAUCUUAAUUUGGAACCCAAAGUGGAUUAUUAUUGAGAGUUCAUACUAACUUGCCCUUUUUUGUAUUUUUUUUGUUGUGAAAAAUAUCUUGCUACUUCUGUAGCUGCUCUCACUUUGUCUUUUGUCAAGUGUUAUGGUAUAUGUAAGGUGUUGGGAAUAAGCAUUAUUUUAUACUAAAAGAAUGAAGAUAGUUAUAAAUUCUGACUCUGUAAAUGCAUAACAGAUUGUAAAAAGAACAAUGCACUUUGAGGAAUGUUUGCAUAUAUCUCUGAUCAGAAAGGAAACACUUGUCUGCUCUGCAGUGGCCAAUGAAAAAUUACCAAUGCCUUAUUUUCUAGGCAUAGAUUAAAGGAUGUAGACCAGACAAUUUGUUUACUGUUAUAAGAAAACUAUGAAUUUGCUUACAGAAGAAUAUUUUUGUGAACAGUAAGUUUGAGUCCAAGACCAUUUGAAAAUUCUUUCUUAGGAACGGAAAAAGGAAGAAGUCUGCCUGAAAUGAAUGCAAAAUUUGCUCAUAGUCCAUCACUUUCAGAUGUCUUGGUUGUGACCUGUUAGUAAAGACCUAGGUUGUGACCUACCAGUAUAGUAGAGAAACCCAAAGCAUUGUUCAGAUCAAAACAUUUUUUAUGUAGGUAGUAACUUAAGAAGCUAGAGCUUACAAGUUGCUCCUUCAUGUAUUGUUAAAGCCUUCUGAAAGUUCUGGCAAUUUUAAUUCUUUCUCAGGAUAACCAUACUUUCUUAAUGAAUAGUGUUUUCAGCUACACAUUCCUUCUAAAUAAAUUGUCUUCCCUUUUGAAAAGUAACCUUAUAAAAGAAAGUUAAUAAUUUCUCGUUGAUUUAGGCUAUUUUCUACAAAAUGAUUUUGAUCUCUAUAAAGUUAAUGUUCUAACAUGAAAAUUAUUUUUCAAAUCCCCAUUAGUGAUAACAUUUUUUUUAAACUGAAAGUCAAAGGAUUGGAAACAGGUCAUUUUUUUCUUGUAUACAUGUAAUGUAUUAUGUAAAACAGUAUUCAUGUUGACAAUUUUAGUUAAGCAUAAUGGUAUGGCUGUAAUUUUUAAAACUUAAUUGAGUGUUUUGUCGGAUUAGAGCAGGCACUGACCAGGAUAUCUCCUAAUAGGUAAUUUACUUCCUAUUUCCAUCUAGUAAUCCUUACAUUCUAAAUUUUCAUCUCUGGGAAAUAAAAAAGGAAUAUAAUUGAAUUGGGGAUAAUCUAAUCUUUGUUGUUAAAAUGGUGUCACUUCUCACCAUCAAAGCCAUUUUUUUAGCCUCAAAGAGACAAAAUACUGCCUCUACCAUUUUCUACUGGUGACUUGAAAAUUAAAGUUUUAGUUAGGAGGAAGUCACUAAGCGUCAGGGAACUUGUAUACCACUAUCUAUGCAGCAUUGUUAUAGUCUGAUUAUUUCUGUGUUUUGAAUAUGAUUUUCCUAAUGCUUUGAAUAAAAGUUUGUUAAGAAUUAA